CAAUAUAUAUACACUCUAGUGGGUGUGUGUACACAUUCUUGUAGAAAGUAACAUCAGGCUAAUCGACAAAGUGUAGCAAAAUGGCGGGUAGUGAAAUUACGGUCUGCAAAUUGAGGCGAUAUGACACUGGUCAGCCAUGGGGAUUUAAAAUGCAGGGAGGAUCCGAGGUCGGGAUCCCACUCCAAGUUGCUGAGGUAUCUCCCAAGAGUGUUGCCGGAAAAGCUGGUUUGCGGGACGGUGACUUGAUUUGCUACAUUAACAAGGCUUACGUCGCUGACGUCACACAUCAACACGCUAGGAACGAGAUGAUUCGAGCAGGAAACGAUAUCGACAUGACCAUAAAAAGACCAGGAGGAGUUGGUCAACAGACAGCUGCCCCUCCCCAAGAAGAAGAUUCUGUAGAUGACAAUUACAGAGAUGUACAGCCAAAAACAUAUCAAAUUUUACAGACAGAACUGCCACAUGCAGCAGCAGCAGGAGGCAGACCCGCGUCAAUAUUUGAUAAGAAGAAAAAAGCCAGAUCUGAAUAUACAAAGACUGAACAAUCUGGAUACACAAAAGCAUACGGACAAUCGUAAUGGAAGAUAAUGUACCAAAUUGGAAUGGGCAUUCAACACAUAAACUUUGAAAUAUCUGGGAAUUUUAGAAUAUAUAAGAGUGUUAAAUCAAAGAAAGUAUAAAGUGAAAUUUACAUUCAGUUUUGCCAAGGAUUUGUAUAGUGAGUCUCACUAUACUAAAUUAAAUCCUUGGUUUGACAAACUGAACUUACUAUUUAAAUUUCAAAGAGAGAUAAUUAAAAACUGAAAAGGAUAAUUAAACGGUUAUAUAAAUCAAAAAAACGGAUGUACCGCUUCAUUUGCAUGGCAUUUCCUUUAACUUGUCUUCAUAAAAUAAUUUGGUUAAAUUUUUGAAUACUAUAUAAUUUUUUAACGUAUUUAUACUUUUCAAUUUAUACGACAGAUAAAAAAAAAUGCUGAAUAUUUCAAUAUAAUCUUGAUUUUAGAAGUUGUUUUAACCCAAAGGAAAACUAUAAUUAUAUUUGAAUGAGAAUGUAACAUUAAAGUAUUUUUCAUCCUAUCUCUUCAUGAAGUAGCAUAAACAUGAUGCAUGUAUACUAUAUGGUAGUCUAUUCAUUCUUUUUAUUCAAAAUGUACGAAAAGGGUGGGACAUUUGAUGUAUCAGCUACUUAUACCUACCACAAAGCGAUACUUUAACGAUUCACAGCUUUAUUUAAAAACAAAGCUACAAUGUCAUGUACACAAAGCUAAUAUAUAUUAUUGUAUAUUAAGUUUCUAUUUAUCUGAUACAAGACUAAUUAGUCUUAAUAUUAUCUGUCAGAUUUUCAAAUUUUCCUUUUUCUGUACAUAUUUAUUCCUGUGCCUCAAAAGAAGAAACAAUGUUUGCCUGUUAAAUAAUGUUCAGUUUGUACAAGCUUUACUUGACCUAUGGUUCCCAUGGUUACUACUACACAAUGUUGUUAUUAUUUUCAAUGUAUUUUGUUUUUGUUUAUAAUUAUUUAUUUUGUAUAAAGACAUUUAUGUAUAUUGAUGUGUUUGCUAAAAAUUUGCAUAAUAAAGCUAUAUCAA